AUGAGCAACAGAGGCGCGUGGGAAAGCGACGAUGACGAUGACGACGCCGUUGCUGGUGGGAGUACUGCCGGUCAACCCGAGCUAGACGAAGAGUUUGAGCGAUUUCAAGAGCACAAGGCUGCGGAGAAGCGAAGAGCCGCCGAGCUUCGUGAAGCUGAGGCCCGCUUACGCGAAGAGCAAGAACAAAGGAAGGCCGAGCAACGGCAGCAAGCGCUGCAGGCGGAGCAGCGUCGUCGAGAGCAACAGCAGCUGCAGAAGGAGCAAGAGGCUGCUGAAGAGGCCAAGCGGCUCGAGGCAGAGCGAGCGGCUCGUGAGGAGGAGCGAUUGGCCGCUAUUGCCGCUGCUGAGCAGAUGCAAUCUCAUAUGGAAACCGAAGCCGACGUGGGUGGGGAUGAUGAUGAAGACGAUUUUCUAGAUGACUGAGAGCUUUUAUUCAAGACGUUGACUAGCAAGCGCUUCACGGCCCGGCCCCUGCGGCGAGAACCUCCAAGAGGUCCUUGUAUCAUACAUUCACUUGGUUGUCGUGGUGAGGGCGAUGUCCCUGAAUUGACUAUUGGCACAUG